GCCGCUGUGACGUAAUAGCUCAUCGCACUCAAGAUGGCCGCUAUGAGGACGGUCUCCGGGAACGCUAGGAUGAUUUUAUAUCUUUUUAUCUGUGUGUUCGCAGCAGCGAAGAGCGACGAGCAAGUGCCCCUGGUCGCAUGGGCGAGUGACGGGUUUGUCUUGUCUCCCGUGAAUGCUCCAUCAUCAGGUCACACUGUGUCUGUGGAUGAGCUGGAGUCAUUCCUGAACCGAGCGCUGAGCACUUCACCUCAUAAUCUACUGCUCUUCCUGCAGGAUAAAUUGAGUGUUGAUGACUUCACAAUGUACGGAGGAGUGUUCGGGAACAAACAGGAUAGUGUCUUCCAGAAUCUGGAGGCGUCUCUGCUGUCUUCCUCCUCCCUAUGGCUGCCGUGUGUGUCGUCGUCCGCCACGGCUCUGGUGUCUACACUGCUCCAGAACCAGAUCGAUGCGGCUCCGCUCUACAUGAACCCGGACACGCUUGCUCAGCUCCGACUCAACGCAUCAGUGGCGGCCCUGCUGGUGUUCCGGCUCCCUUACAGCAGUGGGGCUGAUAUGAUGUCUACUAAAGAAGUGCUCAGUGGAAACGAUGAGGUGAUGGGUCAGGUGCUGAGCAUCAUGAAGGCUCAGUCUGUGCCGUACACUGCAGUGUUCACUGCGCUGGGACCCUCGAGGGUGAUCGAGGAGUCUCCAGCUGUGCACUCGGUCUGGUCCCGCUCCCUCCUGCAGUCCCGUCGUGAGGAUCCCCCCGCCCCCAACCCGCCGCUGGAGUUUAAGGAGAAGGGCUCCGUCUGCAUCCUCCUGUGGGCCGAGACAGUGGUGGUCAGCCAGUACCGCUCAGGGAAGUGGGAGAGGCAUGACCUCACCUCCAAGACCUUCGGGAGAGGCGUGACACCCGACCUGUCCGGAUCCUCCUGCAACGAGUCCCACUCUCGGUUGGUUCUGAAUUAUGAAGAUGUCCUGGAUUACCGUUCAUUCAAGCUAAUUUUUGUAAUGAACCGGCGCCACUAUAAGGUGUCUGCCCGUCACUGGUUCACCAUGGACCGGGUUCACCUGGAGUAUGAUGGGAAAAGGGCCUCGUUCAAUGGCAGCCGCCACAUCUACGCCCCGUCCGAGUACUCGUACCGCUGUGAGUCUGUGAGCAGCUCCUACUACCCUCAGCUGUCACCACACUCAGACAAGGACAACGCCAACGAGUGGCACAUCUCUUUCGAGGACUUCCAGGUCCAGGGCUUUAACAUCGCUGGGAAUGACUUCUCGUACGCCAGUGACUGUGCUAGUUUCUUCACUCCUGGUAUCUGGAUGGGUCUGGUCACGUCUCUGCUCAUGGUGCUGGUCCUCACGUACGGCCUGCACAUGAUCAUGCAGCUGCGCACCAUGGACCGCUUCGACGACCCCAAGGGUCCCGCCAUCUCUGUGCCUCAGACCGAGUGA